GGUGGAGUUAUCUAUUCAUUUGAUUUUAAUUUCUAUGACUUAUUUUGACGAAAGAUGACAGAUGAUAUAACAAUCGAGGGUGUAGACCCUAGCGUUAGUUUUCUGUACAAAACAAUGCUGUCGCGCGAUCCCAAGAAGCGAAAAGUGAAACCCGUACAGAAACAUCUGAUUCAGCUUGAUUUCGGUGGACUGGAUGACAGUGAUGAAGACAGCGACUUCGACAUUCAGCAGUGUAAAGGUAGUGGAAGUAGUGAUGACGACAAUGGAGAUAAAGAUGAUGUUGUUAAUUCGUCUGUGGGUGACGGUUCCAGUGCGAAGGAUGAAGCUGAGAACGUUGACAGUGUUGACGACGAGAGUACAAGCUGCACGUCGGACGAUGACAACAACUCCGACGAUGCCGAGUCCUCGCAGGAGGAGCCCAGCUUCAACUUCUUCGGGGACUACGACGAGGACGAAGAUGAGGACUAUGUCCCCAAGAAAGAACGACAGAAGAAGGAAUCUAAAGAAAACAAACCUAAAGUAAUGUCACCAAAGCAUGCUAUCACUGCUCCUGACACUGACACCACCACGCAGCUGGCUCACCAUGACAACAUCCGGGUUCUGAUCUGUUGUGUAUGUCUCACCGACACCAGUGUUGACGAUGAUGAGAUUGUCGAGUGUGAUAACUGUGGUGUUUCUGUUCACGAGGGUUGUUAUGGAAUUACUGAAAGCCAAUCAGCAGCCAGCACUGAGUCGUCUGCGAGUACAGAACCGUGGUUUUGUGAUGCCUGCAAGUCCGGAGUUACACCUCAUUGCGAGCUGUGUCCAAAUUUUGGAGGAAUCUACAAGGAGACAGAUGCUGGCAAGUGGGUCCACUUGGUUUGUGCUCUCUAUACUCCGGGCGUGGCGUUUGGAGAUGUCGACAGGCUGAGUCCAGUGACUCUCUUUGAGAUGCCGUAUUCCAGAUGGGGGGCAAAGGAAUGUGCUCUCUGUGAAGACCUGCGUUUCGCUCGGACCGGUGUAUGUAUUGGGUGUGAUGCCGGGAUGUGUCGAACGUUCUUCCAUGUCAGCUGUGCUCAACGUGAAGGAUUUCUGUCAGAAGCCUCCCACGAAGAAGCCAUGGAUAUAGCGGAUCCAUUUUAUGCCUACUGUAAGCUGCACGCGGAGAAGAAUGCCGCUAAAGCAAAACGUCGGAACUGGUUGGCUAUCCAAUCUCACAUUAAAACUCAUUCAGAAAAGUCCAUCGAAGACGAAAAAGAAAAUGCACGCUUUCUAAGAAAGUUGAACCGUCACAAGCAGAAGUAUGAAAUAGCCAAAAGUAAACGACCGCCUACAUGGAUUCCAAAACAGAAAUUUGUUCGUUUUCUAACAUCCAGUCCAUCUGUUGUAAGACGAAUGUUACAGAAAGCUGAACUUAUGGGGAUAAUAACACAGGUUCAAAACACCGGUCAAGAAAAACAGGAACCAAGAAAAAAAUCUCAUGCUCCUACCGUAGCCUUUUCACAAGAAUUCAUUGGGUAUUACUUAGAUCGAAAUGUGAGAAUCCAGAACAUGAAACAGGCGAGAAAAGAUUUACUUUCUCAGAAUGAGAAACUUCAACAGCAGGAAAAGAUUCUACGCAGUCAGUAUGACCAGCUGUUCAGUGACGUCGACAGACUGAAAGACUCCAGUCAGAAGUUACAGAAGGAAGGAGAGAAGAUGUGGAGUUACCUCGUCGAUGUUGGUGGGAAGGGAGUUACGUACCCGGAUAUGUUUAAGCCGAGGGUUUGCCGAUCUCCCAACAAGAGACAGGUUCCUGUGUCACCACCUGGCAUCAUCCAUCAAUGCGGUAUUUGUAAGAAGACGACCGACCAACAUCUGCUAGCUCACUGCGACAACUGCAAACAGUUCUACCACCUGGGCUGUCUGAACCCGCCACUGUCAAGAAUGCCAAAGAAAACCAAACUUAUGGGCUGGCAGUGUUCCCAGUGUGUGCGGUCAAGCAGCGAUGAAGAUAUUGACGAAGCGAAUGUUGACGUUGAUGCCCCACGAAGACUGCGGGAGAAAAACAGUCUGAGAGAACCAUACCGAAAUGAUAUGUCCGACCAGUACGAAACAGUCAAGAGAGUGAAAAGAAACCAGCGCGGAAAACUGAAAGCAAGGAAACCAAAACCCAAGUCUUCUGCACCGAAACUGGAACUGUCCAAAUCAGCUUCCGUAAAACAGAAACAAACAACCGCUUCACCCAAGGAUAAGCAGAUGACCAUUUCCCCUAAAUUGGGGAAGGAAAAAGUUGGUCAGAAAUAUAUUUCACCAAAGACUGCCAAAGAAAAGCUUCCUGAGCAACAAGAUCUCAUCACAUCACCAGUAACGAGACAAAAGCCGGUGUCCAAGAUAUGCAAGAGUUCUCCCGUGAGAAGCUCUGUAACCUGUGUGGUAUGUGGUGAGCCGGGACGCAGAAACACUGUCAAGUGUGAUGAAUGCCAGCUACACUACCAUUUCAAGUGUUUAAAGCCGCCAUCAAAGAAGACCCCGAAACAGCCAGGCUAUUCCUGGCACUGCGAGGCGUGUGACCCCACCGACAACUCAGAUGAAGGAGGGGUUGAGAUGGAUGUUGAUGAAUCGAGCCGGUCAACGCCCAUAGAGGGAACAGCUGAGACAAUACUGCUACUAGACAGUGACGAUGACUAUAGUGACGCUUUCAACUACUGAGUUUUACUCUUCAUAAAUACACUACAUUACUGCUACUAGACAGUAAAGACGACUAUAGUGACACUUUCAACUACUGAGUUUUACUCUUUAUAAAUAAACUACAUUACUGCUACUAGACAGUAAAGACGACUAUAGCGACACUUUCAACUACUGAGUUUUACUCUUUAUAAAUACACUACAUUACUGCUACUAGACAGUGACGAUGACUAUAGCGACACUUUCAACUACUGAGUUUUACUCUUUAUAAAUACACUACAUUACUGCUACUAGACAGUGACGAUGACUAUAGCGACACUUUCAACUACUGAGUUUUACUCUUUAUAAAUACACUACAAUACUGCUACUAGACAGUGACGAUGACUAUAGUGACGCUUUCAACUACUGAGUUUUACUCUUCAUAAAUACACUACAUUACUGCUACUAGACAGUAAAGACGACUAUAGUGACGCUUUCAACUACUGAGUUUUACUCUUCAUAAAUACACUACAAUACUGCUACUAGACAGUGACGAUGACUAUAGUGACGCUUUCAACUACUGAGUUUUACUCUUCAUAAAUACACUACAUUACUGCUACUAGACAGUAAAGACGACUAUAGUGACGCUUUCAACUACUGAGUUUUACUCUUCAUAAAUACACUACAUUACUGCUACUAGACAGUGACGAUGACUAUAGUGACGCUUUCAACUACUGAGUUUUACUCCUCAUAAAUACACUACAAUACUGCUGCUAGACAGUGAUGAUGACUAUAGUGACGCUUUCAACUACUGAGUUUUACUCCUCAUAAAUACACUACAUUACUGCUACUAGACAGUAAAGACGACUAUAGUGACGCUUUCAACUACUGAGUUUUACUCAUAAAUACACUACAAUACUGCUACUAGACAGUGACGAUGACUAUAGUGACGCUUUCAACUACUGAGUUUUACUCUUCAUAAAUACACUACAAUACUGCUACUAGACAGUAAAGAUGACUAUAGUGACGCUUUCAACUACUGAGUUUUACUCCUCAUGAAUACACUACAUUACUGCUACUAGACAGUAAAGAUGACUAUAGUCACGCUUUCAACUACUGAGUUUUACUCUUCAUAAAUACACUACAUUACUGCUACUAGACAGUAAAGAUGACUAUAGUCACGCUUUCAACUACUGAGUUUUACUCUUCAUAAAUACACUACAAUACUGCUACUAGACAGUGACGAUGACUAUAGUCACGCUUUCAACUACUGAGUUUUACUCUUUAUAAAUACACUACAUUACUGCUACUAGACAGUGACGAUGACUAUAGUGACGCUUUCAACUAAUGAGUUUUACUCUUCAUAAAUACACUACAUUACUGCUACUAGACAGUGACGAUGACUAUAGUGACGCUUUCAACUACUGAGUUUUACUCUUCAUAAAUACACUACAUCAUAUAGUCAGCUGUUUUUGUUAUCAUCACAAUAAAUACACUACAUCAGAUUGUCAGCUGUUUUUGUUCUCAGCAUAAUAAACACAUAACAAUCAUAUAGUAGCUGUUUUUAUUCUCAUCAUAAUAAAUACACUACAAUCAUAUAGUCAGCUGUUUUUAUUCUCAUCACAAUAAAUACACUACAAUCAUAUAGUCAGCUGUUUUUAUGCUCAUCACAAUAAAUACACUACAGUCAUAUAGUAGCUGUUUUUAUUCUCAUCACAAUAAAUACACUAUAAUCAUAUAGUCAGCUGUUUUUAUUCUGAUCACAAUAAAUACAUUACAAUCAUAUAGUAGCUGUUUUUAUUCUGAUCACAAUAAAUACACUACAAUCAUAUGGUCAGCUGUUUUUAUUUGGAGCCAAAAGGAUUAAGGUAUUAAAACUAGUUCAUCAAAGUAGCGGUUUUAAAAUGAGAUACAAAAAGAGGUUUUAAAACUAAUACAUGUAGAAGUAAGGUUUUAAAACUAGCAGGGUUUCUGCCAGAGGGUAAAAUGGUUAUGGCGCCAUACCCAAUUUUUUUUUUUAUUUUUUUUUUUUAAAGUUAACCUUUUGACAAAAUUAAUUACUCUUAUCAUUACUGUAUGAUUUUCUUAACCCUAACCCUAAACUUAACCCAUUUUUCUUUCUGGGAGAGGUCCCUCAUACAGAUUGUGGUUGCAUUCAAUUCCAUUGCGCUAUACCCAAAAACACGGACUACUACAUCAAAGUGAGGCUUUAACCCUUUAAAGCCCAGCGUACUCAAAUGAGUGCAUACUUUAUAAGCAAAAACACUAUUUGCAAAAAUGAAAUAUUUCUAAUGAAUAAGUACUGAGAAUGUCCAUAUAUGUCUAAUAUCCUCAAAAUGAGUACAAUUUACUUGAAUGAUUAAACUUAUAUUGAACAGAGCCAAACAUUUAAAUGUGUACUCAUUUGAGUACAAUAGGCACCUAUGGCAACAUGUUUAUUUUGUAGUCUUUUCUCUGCACUCAUAGAUCUGCUACAUUGUUCUAAUGGUGUGUUAAAUGAAUUUGAUAUGUUUUUUCUCUGAUUGCAACAAAUAUUUUUUUAAAUGUGAUGUAAUAAUUACUUUUGUACUCCUAUGAGUACAGCCUGAGUACAGCCUUAAAAACAAAUUAAAAAUAAAUAUUUAUUUCAAAUAUA